AUGGGCAACAUCUCAAGCAGGCCUGAUGGGGGUGGUGCCCUCUACCUCAGUGACCAGAAUCGCUUUACCCUAUCCUCUCUCGUCAUAUCUAGUCGCCGACGUCCCUCGACUAUAAAUAUUGUCCCGAAUGGUUUUCCCGCUUCGCGCUUAUCUGUCACUCGAUCCGCUGGCGAUAAUAGCCCUAUUGAGUUUGUCCAGGAUCCCGAGCCAUCGAAUGGCAUCCCCGAAUUUCUGCUCAAAGUCACCAAUGACGACGAACUGAUCUUUACCUUUUCGUUCAUAAUCCGACGCCCUCCUUCGAACCCAUCAGAUACCAGCACAUCUCCUCUCGACACACGAAUCAACGCCCUCACCUACGUAUAUGCGUCCACACCAAAAGAGGUCGAGAACCUAGUCACCCGUGAAUUCAACGCCGAUCCGAAUCUUCACAAGAAUUCCAAUGUCGCGCUUGUCGGCGACUAUGCGACCGAUGGCAGCCCUUCCGUCACCUUUGAGUGGAAGUGGAAGUGGAAACCCCCCAAGCCUUACGAUGACUGGAGCGGCGGCUGGAGGAACUCGUGUAGCCUACAGUUUGUCGAGUACAAUCCGCAUGCGAACUCUUUCAACACCUUGGCAAGCUUCUCUUACUGGGUCUCAAGUCCUCCACUGUCCAUCAGCAAUCCCUCUUCGCCCAUACCGCCCUUACUCUUGGCAUCACCACCCAAGGUGAGAGCCGUGUCAUCACAAACCGUCGACUCGCGCAUAAGUGCCGUCGAUCAGGACGAGCCCACGUCACCCCUAGCACCCAUCCAAGAACCAAGUGUCAGCGGCUUUCCCUCUGUUGCCCUGCCGCAAUCCGCCGCCGGCCCCCCCGCGCGAGAGCCUGUAAAGGUGGAUGUAGCGUGUCCGAAGCCCGUGGAUGAUGUAACUGUGGCAGACGAUGGGCCUUUAUUCCGAGCCACCAUCAAGGCUCUGGAGCAAAAGACGGGAAACAUGCGCAUCCAGCUGAAGCGCGUUCUCAAGCGCGCUGAGCAAGCUUAUAAUGCCCAGGUUGAAGCGAAUGAUGCCUUUGUGGCUUUCAUGGAUGCCCUGCGCGACGCCUCUAGCACCAAUGCCAACGCUGUCCAGCCGGUGAUCGAUCAUUACUUUGACAAGAUUGCCCGAGAAAUCCUGAUUUAUGAGCGGCAAAACACUGCAAACUUGCAAAAGAUCAUCAUAGAGCCGAUAAACAGACUUUAUAUUUGCGACAUCAAGCAGGCCGACUCCAAGAAGCGAGAUUUCGAAGAAGAAAGCAAAGACUAUUAUAGCUACGUUUCCCGGUACCUAGGCCAACGCCACGAUUCUGUCAAGGCUAAGAAGCUUGCGCAGAGUGACUCCAAGUACCAAUCGAAACGGCGAAACUUUGAGCUGAAACGAUUUGAUUACUCGAGUUUCAUGCAGGAUCUUCAUGGCGGUCGAAAGGAGCAGGAGGUGCUCUCGCACCUUACGAGAUAUGCCGAUGCUCAGACACAGGGUUUCCUAGCAGCAGCAAAGAAGAUUGACUCACUACUUCCGCAACUCGAGGCAUUGUCGAAUGAGGUUCAAGAGGCCGACAAGGAGUAUCAAUACCAGAGGCGGGAGCGUGAGGAGAAGCGGCGGUUACUCGAAAAGACCAAUCUGGCUUAUGUAGAACCUGAGCCGGUCAGCGUCAAUUUCCCCCCUCCGGCCUCCGCGGCGUCGAACGGAGGAGGCUAUCAGUCUCAUUCCGACAGCGAACUCGGCCGCGCCGAUAGUACUGGGUCCCAGUGGAGAGGAAGUAACUCUGCGGCUCCUGGAACCAGUGGUUCAGUGAGCGUCGCCGAGCUCUCAAGGUCACCUGGUAGCCUGACCCAGGCCACAGCCACGGCGGCGACUCAAAACGCCAAGUUCAAGGGAAUCCGCGAUCUUGAAGAGCGUGACUAUGGUCAAAUGACUAGCGUCGGACGAGCUGCAUCUCAGAGAAAAGAGGGCUUGUUAUGGGCGUUGAGCCGUCCAGGAAGCCACGUAGACCCAAGGGCGCAACUUAAGGCCGGCUGGCACAAGUUCUGGAUUGUACUUGAUCAGGGCAAACUUUCGGAGUAUAGCAAUUGGAAGCAGAAGUUGGAUCUUCACAUGGAUCCCAUUGACUUGAGAAUGGCAUCAGUUAGGGAGGCACGCAAUGCAGAGCGCCGAUUCUGCUUUGAGGUCAUAACGCCAAACUUCAAACGAGUCUACCAAGCAACAUCUGAGGAUGACAUGAAUUCGUGGAUUCUAUCCAUCAACAACGCCCUGCAAAGCGCCGUGGAAGGUCGCGGUAUUCGAGACAAGCCUGGCCAAUCUCCUACGCCGUCUGAAUCCGGCAACUCUUUCAAGCGAGAUAUCACAUCCAUCUUGACCGGGAAGAGCCAGCAUCACCACAUUAGCCCCUACAACCCGCACAACAACUCAUCCGGCGUUCCGUCGCGGCGCACGACCGUCUCGAAUAGGCCAUCAACGACUAGGAGUGUCAGUUCCAACUUCGAGGAUGAUCCGGAUAGGUUGCUUCAGAUGCUGCGGGACAACGAUAAAGGAAACAAUUGGUGUGCCGACUGCGGGUCUCAAUCCAAAGUUGAAUGGGUUUCGAUCAAUCUCGCCAUCAUCCUAUGUAUCGAGUGUAGUGGCAUCCAUCGGUCUUUGGGCACACACAUAAGCAAAGUUCGGUCUCUCACACUUGAUAUCACUUCGUUCACGCCAGACAUCGUUGAGCUGCUGCUCCUCGUCGGCAAUCGCGUGGCAAAUAUGAUCUGGGAAGCGAAGCUCGACCAGGCGCUGAAACCGACACCUCAGGCGACAAGAGAACAGCGACUCAAGUUCAUCACUGCCAAGUACGUUGACCGGGCAUUUGUGGAACCUAUUUCAUCCACACUAUCUCGCUACGGCACGCCUGAUGAGACGUUACUGGCUGCCAUUAAGAAGAACGACGUGCAGCAGAUCCUAUAUGCCCUGGCCUUGAAGGCGAGCCCGAACGUGACGGACAAGUCGAGGGGAACACACGCCAUAUACCUCGCCUUGGCUGCCGCUGACCCUGCCUCUCCGUCACCGACGCCAGGACCGGCGGGCGCAGACCCCGGUGCCAAGCCAGUGCCGUUCCCCAUCGCCGAGCUGCUUAUCCAGAACGGAGCAGAAAUCCCGGCAGCACUACCUGCAUUCCCCCUUAGCCGUAGUGCGAUGCAAUACAUAGAGCAGAAACGUGGCCGAGCUGCGGGCAUGUCGGGAGACACCCUCGCUCUGCACUACAACAGCGUUAACCUGAGCCCAGAGCAAAAGAUCCAACGCGACAGGGAGGCCCGCCUCCAGAAGCGUGUCAGCGCCGGCGGCCGGCUUGCCAAGUCGCCCAUUCCCGAGAGAUAG